GGGUAUUUGCUACAAGGUAAAAAUCUGUGCGAUAAUCUGUUAGCAUAUUACGCAUAUGACAAGUUUGUGUCAUAGAACAAUUGUUCAUAAUUUCCUGUUUGAAACAAGGAUAUAAACGCACACAUAAAAACCAACUAUGGAUAUAACCUAAACAGCUGUGUAGUUUCCUCUGAAAGAGCUUCAGCUUUGAGUGCAACCUUCAUCGUUCAUUGUCACAUUUUAGGGGAAUGUUGCCAAGAAUAAAAGGAGAAGUAGAUGGCAUUAUUGCAGUCUCCCGGCAGCCGAACGACAGUGCAGCGAUUAGGCAGAUAAAGGACUACACUCGCAGCCACGGGCAGAACGACUUCUCUCUGCAGAACAGCCAGCAGGGCACUAGUGCGAAGUCGAGCAGCUGUGUAGAUUUCACUCCUCUCGGACUCUAUCCCCACGUCGAGGAGCCAGACACAGCCAGUGAGGUAGUAUUUGCACGACCGAAAAUAACCAGCACCCAGUUGAGUUCGGUAGGUCCUAUAGAAUAUCACACAUGUAUCAUGAUUCUUGAUUCGGUUCCAUAUCAGGAUUGCAUUAUGAGCUCAGGGCACGAAAUUCAGAUUUUUCGUACCGGUCCAGAGUGCUGGUAGCAG